AUACAGAAACUACUCAUUUCUUAUAAACUGUUGGAAAAUGUAGUAGAGUCGUUUUCAAAUAUCCCUCAUUUCAUCCCCAUCAUUCUUGUUUGGGUGUUGUGUUCAUAAUGGCACGGUUCAGCGUGAAGGAGGCAGACUUUACGUCCCCUGAACUGCCCAAAAUAUUUCGUAGAACACAGUGGGUUGUAAGAAGAUGGAAAGUACCCGAUACGGCUGCUGCUUGUCGAUGGGGUUUGGCAGCAGGCCUCGCACUGUUUUGGUUUAUCGAACCUUAUGAUUUUAUCAAGAAGCAGCUUGGGUGGGAAGAAGAGUCGAAGCAAUAAAUGAUCCAAGUUUUCUGUGUAUUUGUUUGUUGAAAGGUUGACGAAACUCAUCGUAAAGAAGAUCUGAAACCCUUCAAACCAGUCAAGCGAUGGUAAACUCUUUGCAACCGUAUCGUGUUCCAAAUAAAUAGGAUCUUGCCUCAUAAGACCAAGUCCUGAGCACAUUUCAACGUUCGCCGACAAAGCAGAGCAGCCACACUAGUCGUGUGAUACUAGGGUUGUAACAAAGAACCCAAAGGGCAUAAAUAUCGUUACUAACUAAGCAAGAGGCGUAUAGAAUAUUGAUAGCACACAAUUUCCUGAAAAGCUACGACUUUUUCUGUACUGGAGGAUUAUAGGUUUUUAAAGAUUAAACUCUCACAAAUCUUUGAAAUGCCAUGUGUGCAAGAAUCGUUUAGUAUAUAAAACUGUCAAUACGGGUACCAAAAAAGAAUUUGUCUUGAGGCACUUUUAACAAAUGACAAAACUAUUUAUUAAUUAAAUCAUUCCAGCUAUUU